AUGGGCUUGGCGACGGAGCACGGGAGCCCCUAUUCACGGGCCGGGAGCAGCUCCAGGGGCUGCUGGUACUAUCUGCGCUAUUUUUUCCUCUUCGUCUCACUCAUCCAAUUCCUCAUCAUCCUUGGCCUCGUCCUCUUCAUGGUCUAUGGCAACGUGCAUGUGAGUACUGAGUCCAACCUGCAGGCCACCGAGCGCCGGGCCGACGGCCUGUACGGCCAGGUGAUGGGGCUCACGGCUUCCCAGGCCAACCUGUCCAAGGAGCUCAACCUCACCGCCCGCGCCAGGGAUGCAAUCAAUCAGAUGAUGCUAAGCGCCCGCCGAGACUUGGACCGAAUCAAUGCCAGCUUCCGCCAGUGCCAGGCUGAUCGGGUGAUUUACAUGAACAACCAGCGAUACAUGGCUGCCAUCAUCUUGAGCGAGAAACAGUGCCAAGAGCACCUCAAGGAAGCUAACAAGAGCUGCGAUGCUUUGGCCCUCACGCUGACCCAGAAAGCCAAGACACUGGAGGUGGAGCUGGCAAAGGAGAAGUUGGUGUGUACCAAAGACAAGGACGGUCUGACAGUGGGCAAGCGAGUGGUAGAAGAACAGUUGGCCGAGUGCGGCAAAACCCGCGACCAGCAACAGCAGGAACGGCUGCUGGCUGAGGACCGGCUGCGGAAGGUGCAGACCUUCUGCCUCCCCCUGGACAAGAACAAGUUUGAGACGGACCUGCGAAACCUCUGGAGGGACUCCAUCAUCCCGCGCACCCUCAGUACCCUGAGCUUCAACUUGUACCAUCCCCUCGGCUCGGAACUGCCUUCCAUCCAGAGGGCCUGCGACAGCCUGCCCUCCAUCAUGACCUCCAAGGUGGAAGAGCUGGCCCGGAGCUUGCGGGCUGGCAUCGACAGCGUGACCCUCGAGAACGAGAAACUCCAGCGCCAGAAACUGGAGGUCGAGCAGAGCCUGCGUGCCAGUCAGGAGGCCAAGGAGAAGGUGGAGAAGGAGGCGCAGGCCCAGGCUGUCAAGCUCCAAACUGAAUGUGCCCGCCAGACCCAGCUGGCCCUGGAGGAGAAGGUGGCGCUGCAGAAGGAACGGGACAGGCUGGCCAAGGAGCUGGAGGAGAAGAAGCGGGAGGUUGAGCACCUCAAGUUGCAGCUGGCAGUCAGCAACUCAGCCCUGGACACCUGUAUCAAGACGAAGUCGCAGUUGACGCAGUUGACGAUUCCUGGGCCAAGACCCGUGGCCCCUGCCCCCAACCCUCCACCUAUUGACCAAGCUAGCCUGGAGGAAUUCAAGAGAAGGAUCCUGGAUUCCCAGCGGGCCCCUGCCAGCAACGUCUUGGUCUCAGCCAGGUGA